AGAGUGUGUGUGAGAGUGUGAGUGAGAGAGAGAGAGAGAGAGAGAGAGAGAGAGAGAAGGAUUGAGUAAGGAAGGCAAAGAGAGGAAGAGAACGAGGGAGACACUCUUAUUUUUUUACUUUGGCUCAAAAAAGGAAUUCUGUUUUGUUUGGAGCUGGAAUUCUGCAUCCUUGACUGUGUCAGCUUUUGCAUGGUGUGUGUUUUUGUUUUGCAACCCUGCCGGUGUGCGACUGUGUGUGUGAAUGUGUGGUUGAGGGGGGCAGGUAGUCAAUUCUGCAGCUGGUUGAAGGGAAAAUAAGAGGCGAGAUUUUGCUGAGCUCGUCCAGCCAACAGACUGAACAAGCAGCUCACACUGUGGAUUUACCUCAGAAACACAGGGAAUAACGCUCAGAAACACGAUCCUGUCUAACUUUUGGAAGCAAAGGCUGGAGACACAAUCGGAUCUCGCAGGACGAGUUUUACUACUAAAGUGAUCCACGAACUCAAAGUCAGGCGAGAUGACUAAAUGUGUUGGUGCUAAACCUUAACUCUUCAAAUGUUCGAGAGGUGCAGCUAGAUGCUUAUUUGACAGUUGGCAGGAGUAGCAGUACACAGCUUCUCCAUUGUGUUGGUGAGUGGCCCUCACUGUUGUGCAGUGGAGGGCUUCACACUCGCAGCUAGUGUGGCUGGAUGCAUCACACAGCAGAACAGUUUGGUGGGUGCAGCACACGGGACCCUUUUCCUCUGGACGGACUCAACCGGGGACCAUGGGCUCCCGUGGGCAGUCGCGCAUGGCCACCUCCCUCCAGGUGCUUACCUGGUGUCACUCAACACCAGUUUCUCCCUCAUCUCCCUCCCAGUCACAUGACUGGACUAAACCAUCCAAGUAAAUUCUUAAACAGUGGUCUCUUACCUCGAGGCGAUAAACAAGACCUGUCUCAGGCUUUGUUGCCAGGAUUACAAAGGGUACCCCCUGCACCUCCCAGGCCUUGGGAACCACCCAGAACUGGCCAGGGAUAUGAGCCUUUGCCUGGUGAUGACUACAGCCGGCUGCACAAUGGCUAUAAUGCAGGACCACCUGCACACCUGACAGCUCGAGCCAAUGAACUACUAAAGUAUGGUGCUCCUCAUCCUCAGCAUGGUUCUAGACCCAUGCCUCCAUUACCCGAUCUAUGGACUCAACCUCAGACUCAGCAGCAACCUAGGGGACCUCACUCUCAUGCUGGGCAUUUAAAACGACCAGGGGAUCCUCUGGGAGAGCACUCUGUCAUUCAGCACACCCCUACUCCUUUGCACCGACCCGUUGAGGAUUGCCCCAGCCCCAACAAAAGAAAAAAGAGCUCUCGGUCUGAGCAGAUGUUUCAUCCAGCCAUGCAGCGAAUACCUGGGCCACCUGUUCAUUUGAAUCAACAGCCAUCCCCUCACUACCCCCCUCACAAACCUGGCUUUUGGAACCCAUUGCACAAAGGAGAAGCACCCUGUAACCAGUCUGAACGCAAAAGUGGACCCAUGGAUUUCCAGGACAAGCCAGGACUUGGAAGUUUUUCCUACAAACCACCUCCAUCUACUAUGUCUCCACCUACUAUUCCUCCCACAAGAGGCUAUGGACAGAACAGAGGUCCUCCUCCACAAUCACACAAGACUCAACCGUCGCCACAACAUGUGGGAUCAGCUUCACACAACCCACCCACCCACCAUCCUACCUACUCCUAUUCCAACAACAGACCUUCAGGCCAAGGGGAGCCAAAGAGUACUGCUCCACAAAGAGGACAUUCUGGAGUAAGUUCUUUUAAAAGUCAGGUUCCACCACCUACAUCAUCACUGCAGGCAGAUAGGGAGCACCUGGCACCCUCACCAGCAAACCACACCACUGUGCCUUACAGUCACCCCCAGUUCCAGCCUCACCCAGGGCUGGUUUAUUCCACCAGCCCACCGGCCAGCAGCCAAGCCCAGGCCACAGUACCUCAGCACAACCUCCACAAACCCUGGAGGAACCAGGUUACACACGGACAGCAUGCAGAGUCACGUAACUAUUCUGCAACAAGGGAUUCUCAGGUUGUUGCUUGCCCUUCCCAGGCACAGAACAGGGUUGGUAAGGACAACAAGGGUCCAGGAACCCCCCACCGUGUGAGCCCCCCUCAGGCUCCUGCUCGAGCACCUGUAAUUACCCCGAACCUGGAGACUCCCUAUCCAUCUCACUCCCUUGAAUUGUACAGAAAUGGUGAAAGCAUUGCUUCAUUGAGUUCAGCACCCUCUACCACCUGCUCCAACCAUAUCGCUUUGAGUAGCUGGAGAGCCACAGAUUCUUCAGUGCUAAUCUCAAACCCAAACCAUGUAUCCAUGAUUAAUCCAAGCGUACCAUGUCCAAAGUAUCAGGAUGUCCACUCUGGUAUUGGAACCCAACCACAACCACACAGAGUGGCACAAUCUCAGAUUCAGCAGUCCACUCUUUCCCACCCAGGACAGAAUAGACCUAAUUACACCCCACUGUCCUCAGCUUCCUCCACCCUAAACUCAGGGCAUCAAAUAUCAGGAGAGAGCGUCAUCACCAGCAAUACCUCGAACACUCUCCCAAAGGCAGUCAGUUCACCCCGACAACACCCUCAACCUCAAAAGCAUGUAACAGUCAAUUCAGCUCUUCAGCCAGUAUCUAACUGUUCAUACACCACAGUGCCCAUCCAAAAGCCCGUCUCGGAUUCUCAGGCAGCUACUGUUCCAGCCUCAGUCCACCAAAGGCCCUGUUUGCAACCUGCUGCCCCAAGCCCCCAGUCUAUUGCUGAUGCUUUAAGCAAACUUGAUGCAAAGCUGCAGGGUCACAUGCAAGCGGAGAAGAAAAGAAAACAGGAGGAGGAGUGGAAACGGAAUCCAGAAAGACAGAAAGUGGAGACAAAGCCACACAAUGAAUCAGCCAUCAAUGAAUCGGCCAUCAAAAGUCUGGAGCGUUUUCUAUCCGGUAGUGUGCCUGAGCCUCCACCUCCUCGCCUGUCUCCUGCCAAUGCACCCUCCUCCAUUUCGCCUCCUAGGCAGAAUUCCCUUCCCUAUCCCUGGUUGAGUCGAGGUGGAAUGCCACCACGUCCUACUGGAACUGCAACAACUCUUCUGGAAAGAUCCCAACCACCACCUCUCACACCCCAGACUGAAUAUGCCCGUGAGAAGCAAAGACAGAGAGAGAAGCGGAAAACUGGUGCAUCCUUCACUGCCCCAUCACAGAAUUCCAAUGACAUUCCCAUCCUCCCCUCUGACAACCAGAACCACACAAAUCAAUCCAAAUCGGACACAUCCAAAGACACUACCAUGUUAAAAACCUCUCAUAAUGUUGGAAUUAUGGAUGCUUUGCCCAACCCCCCAACUCUGCGAGAGCCACCUAAACUUUAUCAGGCUUUCCCCAAGCAUGCUCAGUCUUCAUGCAUAUUGGUCAGCACAAAUGCAAACGGCCUUCAAAGACAUAUGCCUAGUACGGGGCUUGGAAGUCUUGGUAGCAGUUCAAACAGCUGCAGCGGUGACUCUGAUGGUGCACAAUUUGAGGAGGAACCUUCCGAGCUCUUGCCUGAUGGAUUAGCUAACAUUAUGAAGAUGUUGGAUGAGUCCAUUAAGAAAGAAGAGGAGUUGUAUUCUGGUCAGAGUGGAGAACAAGCUGUACCAGAACAUCCGUUUUCUAUCAAUGUAGCUCCAUUAAAAAGUUACUUAUGCGCUCCAGACCUCAUGCCUGCCCUAAAGCAAUCUCCGACUGGGGAUUAUCAGCAGGACAGCCAUUCAAGUCCACCUGUAUUGAGCCGGCAAGGUUCACUGGCAUCUCCUUGCAGCCGUACUUCCUCACUUGAGGAAGAUGAUGAAGUUCUAAAGGUGAUUCCCAAGCCUGCUGCCGCUAGUAUGCAGUCCCAAGAAAACAGUCUGGCCACAUCAGGUACAAACUAUCGCCACAGUGACUUGGCUAAGCUGUAUGGACUUCCAGAGGCAGAAAAAAGUGAGUGUGAGGAUGAUGAAGAUGCAGAUCAAGAUGAUGAAACUCCAUCUUGUUCACCACCUCAGCGGCCACACCUUCAUCAAACGGGUGUGAACAGCAUGUUUAAAAACCUUGCUUCUGUUCUUGAGAGCCAGAAAUACACCUACCGUGGUGGGCCCUUUGGUCGCCCUCCUCCCUCAGCUUUUGUGGGAGUUAAGUACUCUUCUUCUCUUUCUCUGGGGCCUGACAUUUGCCGUCAACAACAAAGCACUUCCCCGACAUCAGGUUUAGCCAGUCAUCCAGGCUUUAGCAGUCCAAACCAAACAUCUGCCAGUAGUAACUCUGAUCAACCUCGCCCAUUCUCACCCACAGAAUGGGCAUCAGAGAGGAGGCUAAGUCGGUCAAUCAAUUAUUUGGUCAACGAUGAUGAAACCACAGGAAAGAAGGACACUGGAACAGCCAAGGAGUUGGUCGAGUUAUUGGAAGAACGACCAAAGCUGACCACCAUCUCCGAGGCUUCACUUGCUGAACUUGGUCAUAGCUAUGAGGUGAACCAACACGUGCUUCCUUCUAAGGACCACUUAAAGGCAGACUUGCAGGAGGUGUGCAAACCCAAUAAGGAAAAGGACAGACACAGAGACCGAGAACGAGAAAGGAAACACAAACACAGUAGCAAGAAACACGAGGAAAGGAAAGAGAGGAGAAAAAGGCACAGGGAAAAGCAAGAUGAUGCAUCCCUUUCUUCUUCAUCAUCUUCCAGCUCCAGUCGACGGCACAAGGAGCACAAGGAAAAGAAGAGCAGGCAGGUGCUAGGUAACCUGGACCUUCAGAGUAAGGAGUUUAUGGAGAAGGAGCAUGAGCAUGAGAGUGACCGAGACAAGAAGAGAAGGAAAGAGGAAUGUAGUCGCCCCCAGAAUGAAGUGGAAGAGUGGGCGCGGAGUGAAGACAGUAACAGUGGCUAUUCCUCCGAUGUCCCAUCGGCUUCAUCAGCAUUAUGUUCUGAAGACUUGCAGAAACUAAAGGCAUUGACAGAUGGACCACCCAAAGAACUGAAAAUCCGCCUCAUAAAGGUGGAAAGCGGAGACAGGGAGACGUUCAUUGCAUCAGAGGUGGAGGAAAGGAGGAUUCCUCUGGAGGAGAUCACCAUAAAGAACACAGCUAGUGAAAUCAUCAGAGCAUGCAAGGGAGCUCGCAUGAAGGGGAAGUUUAGGGAAUCUUACCUCCUACCUGCCUUUUCGGUCAAACCAGUUUUGACCAUAGAGCAUCCCAUCCCUCGAGAGAAGCUGAACCCUCCCACACCGAGUAUCUAUUUGGAGAGUAAGAGAGAUGCAUUUUCUCCAGUGCUGCUGCAGUUCUGCACUGAUUCUAAGAACCCCAUCACUGUCAUCAGGGGACUAGCAGGUUCCCUUAGACUGAAUCUGGGCCUGUUUUCCACUAAGUCUUUGGUGGAGGCAAACUCAGAGCAUGCAGUGGAAGUGCGGACUCAGGUCCAGCAGCCAGCAGAUGAGAACUGGGAUCCCAGCGGCACUGGCCAGAUCUGGCCCUGUGAGAGCAGCAGGUCGCAUACAACGAUAGCCAAGUACGCUCAGUACCAGGCCUCCAGCUUCCAAGAGAGCUUACAGGAAGAGAAGGGCAGUGAUGAGGAUGAUGAAGAUGAGAAACCAGCCACUAACUCUGAGAGCACAACCAGUAUCUCUGCUCCCAGCUCCAGUAAUACAGACCAGAAACCUGUUGGAAAAAUAAUUAAAUUUGGCACCAACAUCGACCUGUCUGAUCCUAAAAGAUGGAAGCCACAGCUGCAGGAACUGCAAAAGCUACCAGCGUUUAUGCGUGUGUCCUCCAGUGGGAAUAUGCUGAGUCAUGUUGGCCACACUAUUCUUGGAAUGAAUACAGUACAGCUCUACAUGAAGGUCCCUGGAUGCCGCACACCAGGACACCAGGAAAACAACAACUUCUGUUCUGUGAAUAUCAAUAUCGGGCCUGGUGACUGUGAGUGGUUUGCUGUACACAAUAACUACUGGAAGGCCAUCAGUGAUUUUUGUGAAAAGCAUGGAGUGGACUACCUAACAGGAUCAUGGUGGCCGGUUUUGGAUGACCUGUACCGCUCAAAUAUACCUGUGUACCGGUUCAUCCAGAGGCCAGGAGACCUGGUAUGGAUUAAUGCAGGCACUGUACACUGGGUUCAGGCUGUAGGCUGGUGCAACAACAUUGCUUGGAACGUGGGACCUCUUAACGCAUAUCAGUACCAGUUGGCUUUGGAAAGAUUUGAGUGGAAUGAGGUAAAGAACGUGAAGUCCAUCGUUCCCAUGAUUCAUGUGUCCUGGAACGUUGCUCGCACUGUCAAAAUCAGCGACCCAGACACUUACAAGAUGAUCAAACACUGUCUCCUCCGGUCUAUUAAGCACAUUCAGAUACUGAGAGACCAGCUGGUGGCAGCAGGGAAGAAGAUCUCCUACCAGAGUAGAGUGAAGGAUGAGCCGGCCUACUACUGUAAUGAGUGUGAUGUGGAGGUGUUUAACCUGCUGUUUGUGACCAGUGAGAAUGGCAGUCGAAAGACGUAUGUGGUGCACUGUGAGGACUGUGCACGAAAAUGCAGCACUAACCUCUCUAACAUCGUAGUGCUGGAGCAAUACCGCAUUGAAGAGCUGAUGAACGUGUAUGACUCUUUCAUCCUGGCCGCCACCAUUCCCAGCUCGCGAUGAGGACAACUCACCCUUUCCCUCACACAGCCAUAACCAAAACUCCUGCUCGCAGGACAAGAUUUUUUUUCUUAUCCAACCGUAAAUUUACUACUAUUGCUAUUUGUUGAACAGCCAAUGGAAAACCAGUUUACUUAGCAUUGUUUACAGAACCAAUUAGCCAAUAAGAUGGCCUUGUCUCUGAAUGGCUCUAAUAGACUUUUAAUGGAACACAGUUUGGUGCUUACAGCAGUGGAGUUGAUGUGACCAUGUCAUUUGUGGCAUGUGAGUUUUCUUUCAUGUUGCUCUUUUUUUUGUCUUGAAUAUUGAAAUGCGUAAAUGCUCUUUGUACUUUUCGUGGGGUGCUUUUUUCUCUAAUAAUUUAUUAUUUUUGAAACUAGAACAGCCUAGAUAUAUACCACAUUGGCCUUGUGACUUGUAUUUAGUGAAGAGAUAAAAAUUAAUAAUACUAAUUAUAGAGCUAUGGACAUUUUUCUAAAGCAUUAAGAAUUAAAAGAAAUACAAUUGUUCAGAAUGCUUCAAAACAUACGGGUUUUAAAGACUUUUUCAGUUUUAGUUAGUAUGAAAUGUUGUGCAUUUCUCACCAUCAGGACAAACAUUUUAUGAUUACAUUUUUAAAAUCACUCAUCUGCAUUUUGUUAGAGCAGAAUUGUUCAAUUUAUCCAUUUUGUCAGUGAAUUGUUUCUCACCUCUAUACAGAUGUAUUUUCUUUUUGAAUUUUCUAAAAAAAAAAAAUGUACAUUUUUUAUUUAAUUUUUUUCUAUUUAUUGUUAUAUAGUAUGUUCUCCCCUGCAUCAUUAUGGUUAUCCGAGAUGUUUUGAUUGUAUUCUCAUUUCUCUGUAAUGUUUUAAAGGGACUAAGAUGGUUCUGAUAUUUUUUGUCUUGGUGCUUUUUUCCCUUUAAUUAUUUUUAUAUAACUAUACAUUGAAUCUCUCAAUUGACUUUAUGCCCACAAAGAUUGUUGAGCACAGACAGGUGAAAUUUGAAUCAAGUUGUCUUUUGUACACAAAUGUUUUAAAGACAUUUUCUCCACUCACAAGUAAGAAACAUAAUCGCAGAUACAUGUUUACCUUGUCAGGGUAAGUUGCUUUGGACAAAGCAAAAGACUAAAACCAGGGGCAAUUUUCUUCUUUCUUUUCAGAUUAGACCCGUCUCUGACUCUUUUUACAAUGGUGACUAUUAUGUUGGUUUUGAUACCAAUGUGACACAUUUAGUGGCGCUUCUGUCCUGUUGUAAAGGCUGUUCAUUUGAGGACACGUUUUGUCAUGCUGACUACAGCAGGCAUAAUCUUUCGACAUACACAGUAUACAUUUGUUGGCUACAGGGGCUGUCAUGCCAAUAUUGAGGCAUUUAUGGCGUAAAUCAAGUUGAACUGUAAUUUCUGUGGCAUUUUACUGGAAUGAGUAACAGUUCGAAAGGGGAUUUAAAUGCAUUAUCAUUUUGAUUUGUAUACUGUAAUUUUUACCAAACUUUAGAGACGUAAGCUUAAAAUAAUUCAUGUAUUAUCAGGAAAACGGUGGUUUUAAUUAUGCUAUAAAUGGUGCCGAGUUCUUUUUGAGCUACUCUCUUGGUUUUUUUUAGAAUUAUUUUUCCUGUUGCAAUAUACACUUUCUCCAUUUUUUUUAUUUUUUGUUUGUGGUUAUUUAAAAUCUGCACUGUUUUGAAAUUCACACACGAAGCAAACUGAGCCAGACAUGUCUUAAACACUUCGUGAAUUCGUGUGACAUUGAUAUGAUUAUUCUGAAUAUUAAAUGCUUUUGAUAAACUUUGA